CCCCCCCACCCCGGGCGGGGAAGCGGAGGAGGACGGACGGACAGGGCCAGCCUGCUGUCCACCGGCCGCCCGCCCCGCGCCAAGGAGCUCCCGCGUGCCCACCUCCGCCAGCGCCCCACUUGGGCUGCCCCGGAGCCCCGUGCCCACUGUCCACCUUCACCCGGCCUCACGGCGUUCCUUCCGCUGCUCCCCCGGGGCCCCGCGGCGAGCCGCUCCUUCCUUCGCAGGCGGACGCCGCGGGCAUGGACUAUUCGUACGACGAGGACCUGGACGAACUGUGCCCCGUGUGCGGGGACAAGGUGUCCGGCUACCACUACGGGCUGCUCACGUGCGAGAGCUGCAAGGGCUUCUUCAAGCGCACGGUGCAGAACAACAAACACUACACGUGCACCGAGAGCCGGAGCUGCAAAAUCGACAAGACGCAGCGCAAGCGCUGUCCCUUCUGCCGCUUCCAGAAGUGCCUGACGGUGGGGAUGCGACUGGAAGCUGUGCGUGCUGACCGUAUGCGGGGCGGCCGGAACAAGUUCGGACCCAUGUACAAGCGGGAUCGGGCCCUGAAGCAGCAGAAGAAGGCGCAAAUUCGGGCCAAUGGCUUCAAGCUUGAGACCGGCCCCCCAGUGGGGGUGCCUCCUCCUCCCCCACCGGACUACCUGCUGCCCUCCUCUCUGCAUGCCCCUGAGCCCAAGGGCCUGGCCUCAUGCCCACCCCCUGGGCCUCUGGGCGACUUUGGGGCCCCAGCGCUGCCCAUGGCCGUGCCCAGCGCCCACGGUCCACUGGCCGGCUACCUCUACCCCAGCUUCCCUGGUCGUGCCAUCAAGUCUGAGUAUCCAGAGCCCUAUGCCAGUCCCCCACAGCCCGGGCCGCCCUACAACUACCCAGAGCCCUUCUCAGGGGGGCCUGGGGUGCCUGAGCUCAUCCUGCAGCUGCUGCAGCUGGAGCCCGAUGAAGACCAGGUGCGGGCGCGUAUUGUGGGCUGCUUGCAGGAACCAGCCAAGGGCCGACCGGAGCAGCCUGCGCCCUUCGGCUUGCUGUGCAGGAUGGCCGACCAGACCUUCAUCUCCAUCGUGGACUGGGCACGCCGCUGCAUGGUCUUCAAGGAGCUAGAGGUGGCCGACCAGAUGACGCUGCUGCAGAAUUGCUGGAGCGAGCUGCUGGUGUUUGACCAUGUCUACCGCCAGAUCCAGUACGGCAAGGAGGGCAGCAUCCUACUGGUUACCGGGCAAGAGGUGGAGCUGACCACGGUGGCUGCCCAGGCAGGCUCCCUGCUGCACAACCUGGUGUUGCGGGCCCAGGAGCUCGUUCUGCAGCUGCAUGCACUGCAGCUGGACCGCCAGGAGUUCGUCUGCCUCAAGUUCCUCAUCCUCUUCAGCCUGGAUGUCAAGCUCCUAAACAACCACAGCCUGGUGAAGGACGCGCAGGAGAAGGCCAACGCGGCGCUACUCGACUACACCCUGUGUCACUACCCGCACUGCGGGGACAAGUUCCAGCAGCUGCUGCUGUGCUUGGUGGAGGUGCGGGCGCUGAGCAUGCAGGCCAAGGAGUACCUGUACCACAAGCACCUGGGCAACGAGAUGCCACGCAACAACCUGCUCAUCGAGAUGCUGCAGGCCAAGCAGACCUGAGCCCCCGCCCGCGGCCAGCCCGCCCUCCAGAUGGUUUAUUUUACUACGCCAGCCCAGGAGCCCCACCUGCCUCGGCCCCGCCCCCAGCUCUGGAGGCCCGCUUGUUUGGGAAAGUGGGGGUGCACGGCCAGCCCUUUCCUCCCCUGCUCCAGGCUGUGUCUGCCCUGGAGUCCAGCCUAGGGGAGAGGGUUGGGAAUUCUCUUGGUGGACCUCUGGCCCUGUGGAUCAGAGGUCAUCCUUUGCCGCUCUUCUGGAAACAGACAGGAAGAAGUUGAGCAUCCCUCACCCCCACCCCGCCACAGGGCAGGGGACAGGGCGAGAGGGGGAGGCUGGAAUUUGUUUUCUGGUCCUCCU